AUGAAAGAAAUAAUAAUAUUAUUAUUUUUAUCAUUUAUCGUUGUUGUUUGGACAACUGAUCCGGUAAAAUUCGAAUUUGAUAAUGAAAUCUAUCAAGAUGGUUUUAGGGUGUCGAUCAGACUUCCAGAUGGAUAUGCUUUUGACAAGGAUAAAUUCAAGGUUACUGCUGAAGAUGGAACUAAUGUUAAACCAUGUACUUUUGUUGAAAGAGUUGGUACUAAUGUAGUGGUUUACAAAAUUUCCAAUCUGAGAGUAGAAUUUGACAUUGAUGAUGAUGAUGGUAGUAGUGAUAGUAGUGAUGGUAGUGAUGGUAGUGAUGUAGUAAUCAUGUCAUUCAUGAAGUCAACCCGUCCACUCAAAAGAGAUCCUUCUAUCAUUUAUGAUGAUCUUGUGAUUCUAGAAGGAACAAAAACCUUCAAGUUUAAAGGUUAUUCUCUCCAUUUUCCAAACUAUGCUCCAAAGAUAACUCUAGUCCGUAUUCCCCAAGGUGUACCAGUUGUCAAGUUUGAAUGUUUAAUCACGGCAGUCAUUUCAAAAGAUGAAAUCGAAUGUACCACCACUCAAGUAGUUCCAUUUGGAAGUUAUUUUUUUAAUUUUGAAUAUGCUGAUUCGCACAACAGAAAUUUUCCAUUCACAAUCACAGCACUUCCAAAAAUCAUCCCAACAACGGAACUCUCUUUAAAUUCACAUCUAUCAUAUGAUGCCAUUAUUAUCAAGACUGAUUCACUCAUUUCAAGGCUUAAACCCGAUCAGGUUGAAGUGAACUUUAUUAAUGAAGAUCAAUCUAAAACUGUAAAGUGUACUGUUAAAGAACUUUCGAAAGAUGAUAAUCAAAUCAAAUGUUCUUUGGAUGUCCCAACCAACUUCCCUUCAGGUAUUGUCAAUGCUUACAUCAAUGUACUUGGUAAAACUAUUACUGGUUCACAAAAGUAUAACUUUUUUGUUCCGAGUUUCUCAAGUAUGGGACUUGAUAUUUCGGGUCCUAUGACAGGAGAUGUAAAGUUUGUGAUUGAAGGUGAGCAUAUUGACCCAUCUGGAUCUGUUUUCUUUGGUACAAGUGAUAUAAAACUGAAAUGUCAAUAUAAAGCAGCUGUCCCACCAUCGACAUUGGACCAAUACGAAUGUCUUUCACUCUUGUAUUUCCCAGAUGCUACAAAUCCACCUGUUUGGGAGUAUAAAAUCAAUACAAAGAUGUAUGGAAGAGACUACCCAACUGAAUAUACCUAUAUAUUUAAUUAUCCUAAAUUUGAUUUGACACCAACUCAAUCAAUUAAGAUUAUUAAAACCGGACAUUCAAUAAGUACACUCAAAGGUAAAAACUUGGAAAUCAUAAACAAGAUUACAUUGAAUGAUAUCGCUUUGAAUACCAAUGACUUCCAGAUUGUAGACAAUACUCUUUCAAUUGAAAUUGUUAGUACUGCAUUGGUUGGUGAUCAAACAAUCAAGUUCUUUGUUGAGAAGAGUCUAACCUCGAAUGAUGGAACUGUUGUUGUACAUUCAUAUCAAGUUAAACCCGAUAUUGAAAUGAAAUUACUUGCACCGACAAUCAAGGCCAAAGAUGAUAAUACACUUUCAUUUUACUUCUUGGAUGACGCAGCCAGUAAAUCCAUUAUCUUUGAUCUCACAGAUUUCCCAGAGAAACAAGAUUAUUUGAUUAAAAUUGGAACCUACAACUUGAAUUGUGCUCCAGAAACAACUUCUGCACCAACUCCAAUCAAAUGUAGUGGUAUCCAAGAUUUAUCAUUGAGCAAUCUACCAACUGAAUUCCCGAUUUCAAUUGUAUUUGAUCCAAACAGUGCCAAACCAGGUUUUAUCAAGACAAUUGAUUCCACUCUCAAAUUCAAAUACACUGGACUUGUAUUUGAUGUUCAAAGUCUCUUGGCUAAUGCUAUCCAAAGUACUUAUGGAGGAUACUUUAGAAUGCUAAAUGGAGUAGAACUUAAUCGUAUUGAAUCUCUUUCAAUUGGUGAUGCAGCACUACCUUUUGACCAUGUUCUAACUAUCAAAAGAGAUGGAAUUGCCAACGAUUUAUAUGUAACUGGAAGAGUAUUAAACUAUGACACUGCAACCCAGAGAAUGAGAAUGCUCAUCGAUAAACAAACUGUUAAUUAUUCACCAGAUCUAUUCUCGGUGUCGUUCGUUGGUGUUUAUAGUGGCCAUACUGCAAAUACAGUUACAAUGUUUGAGGUAGAUCCUCUUACUCAUGAAGAGCUUAUAACCGACUAUGAUGUAGAUGGUAUAUAUGUUGGUCAUGCCGAUUCGAUUUGCACUAUUGUGGUCGAAGGAGAAUUCGACUACAAUACAUUUACUCUCACAAUUGGAACUGAGGAGUAUGAAAUCGACAAAGCCAAGAGAGUAAAACCAGUCUACUCAAUCACAUCAAGUACUCUUGGAUUAAAUCCAACAACAAACACAUUCCCACCCAGUCCACCAAGAGAAUUCAUUGAAAUCGAAGUGAUUGGUGUCACUUUUACCAACAAUGAAAUUACUUUCCCUUCAGAACAUUCAUUCACAGUGAGUGCUGAUCUUGAGAAUAUCAAAGAAAGUGGAUGUCUUCUCAUCAAUCCAACAGCUCCACUCAAACAAUCGAUGAUAUGUUCACUCCCAGAACCAAAGACCACUGAUUUAGACGCAAGAGCACUUCGAUACACCGUUGGAGGCAGAACAAUCACCAAUCAAAUUCUUCAAUUUAGAGUUCCGAGAAUCAUAAAUGCAACACCAUUAUUUGGUUCAAAAUAUAAUGAUGAUCGAUUGACGAUUUCCUAUACCAAAGGUGACUCAACAGCUGUUCAAAUCAGACUUGUUAAACUUUCUGGUGUAACGAUUGCUCUCACUUGUGAUCCCGAGACUGCACUUGGUAAUAAUCAGUUCCAAAAAUCAUGUACCAAACCAGCAGGUCACGCAAGUGGAAAAUAUUUGAUUCAAGUAUUCGAUCCAACUCUAUCCGUUUAUUCAUUAGAGAGAAUUUAUUUCAAUAACUAUGGUAUUUCAUGCUUGGGACAAGCAGACGGACCAAUUAAUCAAUAUAAUAAUAAACCAGUUUCAUGGUGGUUCACCUAUAAAUUACAACACACAGCCAAAAAUUUUAACAAAGAUACAACCAACAGUUAUUUAUACACCGAUGAAUCAAUGGAUAGUAUGAUUAUGAGGGAUCAUCUCACACCAGAAGGAGAUUAUGUAAAAAAUCCAGAUAAAAAUUAUAAUAUCGACCUAAACCAAAAACUUUCACCACUUGCAGCCACCUUUAAACAAUUGAGUACAACCAACUCCUACUAUUACGUUUGGAACGACCAAACAGGUCCAAGAACACAAACAGGUGGAAGAGAGCCAAUAGAUAAUGCAUAUUUAUUUGCUCAUUCCAAAGGAUUUGUUAUUUAUGAUAUCGAGGAUGGUGUUGCCAAAGGAAUUCAUGUCACACAUACAAAUCCACUUUUUCCCACAAAAAAAACAGAUUUCUAUGAACAUUUCACUCAAACCGGUGUUAAUCUAUACAAGUGGCUUGGUAAAGCAGAUCCAGGACAGAAUUUCUUUUGUUACAACUUUGAAGAUCUCUCUGAUGUUAUUGAUACAAUGGUGAAAAACAAGGUAUAUAUGAGUAACCACCAAAAUGGACAAAGAAUACCAGCGAACACAGUCAUGUGUCGUGGAAAUAUUCCAUGUGUUGACCUCUAUAGAAUCACCAAUGUACCUACAUUUAAUACUAGAUCUCAAUUCUAUACAACUCAAUGUACCAAUAGAAUACAAGCAAUCUAUGAUCAAAGACGGGCAGAUAUCGCGACUAAUAGAAAUGCUAAUUUCAUGCAAAGGUUACAAGCGAAUACUUUGACUGAUAUUGAAAUUGAAAAAUUAAAUUAUGAUUUUCCAAUUCAAAGAUAUCAAAAUUUACAGGAUCAUUGCUAUUGGAUGAUUGAACAUAGAAUCAAAGGUCUUCAAAAACCAUUAGUUUCCAAAGUCAUCAAAUCAUUCGCUAAAACUAAUAUUGAAAUUCCAGCUUUGGAAAAAAAUAUUUUGUCAACAAGAGGUAGACAUAAUUAUAAAUUCAUCAAUCCAUUAUUACCUUGGGAGCUAGUCCAAAAACCGGGAACACCACAAUUUGACGGUGUUGAUAUUUAUGAAGUUAUUGCUUCAGUUUACUAUAAAAGAAAAUUCUUUGUCGCCACUUAUCACAAAUUAACCUCUGAACUCUUGGUAAGAAGAGAUGCACUUGGAACUCCUGUCACACCAGCAAAUGAUUGGCCAAACCUAUCUUUUUCAGGAUAUAAACAAGAUCACUCGAAAUUUAUGAUCGACAUGUUCCCAUAUGAUGUACCAAAUCCAACAAUUUGUUUUGGAGAAUCAAAUCGACAUGCACUCCAGCCACAUAGAGGUGGAGGUUGCACAUGUUUUGAAGACGAAAAACUUUCACGUGAGAUGCAUAGUUUUAUUAGAUCAUAUUCAGUCAAAAUUGCAGGUACAGAUGAGAGUGAAAAGUAUAAACUUCGUAGUAGAGUUAUUUCACAUUUAGUUGAUCAAAUAAUUAGGAUCAAUGUUCCAAACUUUGUUGGUCAAGUUCAACUUUUAGUCAAGAAAGGAAACGGACAUCACUUUAUCCCUGAAAUUCCUUUACAAACACUCACAAUCACCGCGGCCACCCCAACUCAUGAUAUCACGAGACAAAUCAGAAUUGUAAGAACAACAUCACCAUAUACAACAGAUGCUCAGAACACAAAUGAAGAGGAGGUCUCCCAACUUAAACCAUAUGUAUCAAGUUACCUAUGGACACCGACAACACCACUCCAAUCCAGGUCAUUGAAGACUUAUUGUGAACCAACACAUUUAACAGUUGAAUACAAAGCAUUAGAUGUUACUGGAGCAACCAUCACUUCAAUCAAUACACUUCAUACAUGUACCAACGAUCGAACAGCUCAGAUAUCAAAUGAGGUCAGACAAUGUCUUGAUCAAAAAGCUGAAGCCUCAAUUAUCACCUAUACUAGAGCCAACGCAGUCUUUGUUGACAAUCAACCAACUCAAUUAAACGGAAAUAGUGAUGCAAGACGUUCCAAUCCCCAAGCAAACACAAGAGAAUAUGAUUUGACUGGAACAACCAAUAUUGAAUUUAGAACAAUUGCUUUCACCAAAAAGUUCCAAACCGCAAUGGGCGAUACAUCAAGAUACAAUAUCAUCAUUGAUCCAACACUCAGCACAGCAUCUCAAUAUAGAUAUCCAUAUAUUUAUUCACAAACUUCGAAUAUUCCAGAUGAUUUAGUAUUGGUUUACUAUCUAUUGACUCAAAGAUUAAUGAGUGUUACUAGAUACCCAACAAUUUCAGACAACAAUGAUCAAUUGGGAAAUGCUGUAUUAUUGGUCGCAUCGAAAUUCAUUCAUAUGAGAAUAAUAACUCCAACCAACAUUGCUACUCCUCCACUUCCAACACCAGAUCUUUUAGGCAUUACUUUUACAAUUCCAAUUAAAUCCAAGAAUACAAUCAACACACUACCUGAUGUAAAUGAUAAUGAAUUUACCAAAGUUACCUAUUUGUUCUGGAAAUUGAUGUCUCAAAGCACCAAUCCUUUGACAUAUGCUCAACUUUUCUCAGAUCUCACAACAUUCCAACUUACAUCAGCAGUCGAUGUUUAUGAUAAGUUCAAAAUUAGAAUUGUUCCUGCAGAUCCAGCAAUUGAGAAUUUAUUCAGACCCGCUACCAAGAAUAAUAACAAUAAUAAUGGAGGAUCAAAUUCACGUUCAUUCAAACUUCAAUCUCAAAUCAAACAUGCAAGUUCAUCACUUUUAGUUUCACUUUUACAAUCGAAUCAUUUCAAAUCAAAUGAAAUAUUUGAAUUGGAUACUCUUGAAACUGAACAAUUGACAGAAUCAUUGGAUAUGUGGCUUGAAAACAGAAUGAUCUCGACACUGCUCGGAUCAUCACGUUCCAACGAAGUCAAAUACCUCCAAGAAAGAUUUAGAUUCUUUUUGACAAAUGAAAUAUGUCCACAAUAUUCACCAACCUCAAUUACACAUUAUGAAAUUUGCAGACCAAUGUCGAUUGUUGGAUUCACCAACAUUAUAAAACACACACAAUUAUCUACAAAAUCAAUCAAAUAUUCUUUUGGCGAGCUCGAAUAUUAUUAUUCAGCAUAUCCAUCAACUUUCCAAUCGAUCUUUUUGGAUAAGACAACAUUUGAUGGUAUUUUAAUUGCCACAAUCAAUUCGAAACUAUGUGAUAUCAAACUUGUCAAACAAACAGAACUCAGCAAUAUUGAAUCAAUCGAUAUCUGUAGAAUUCCAAUAAUCAACAACAUCAUACCAACAUCGAAUAGUAUUAUUACGAUCAGUGGAACUCAUUUCGAUUCAUCCACCCAAGUUACAAUUUCCAAUGGAUAUCGAUGCAUUUCGAAACAACUUCUCAACAGUACAAACAUGCUUUGUGAAUUACCAAAACUAAACGAUAUCAAUAAUAUUAUUAAAGUUGAUAAUUCAAUCAAUGAUCAUUCAUUUUAUGUCACCAACAAAUGUCCAAUCAUCAAUGAAGUUGAUGUAGGAACAACAAACAAACUUCUUUCAGUAUCAGGUGGUGAUAUCGUUGAAAUUAAAGGAAUGUUCUUUGGUUCAUCAUUCUCUGAUAUUCAAGCAUUUAUUGGUCACCAAGAGUGUUUCAUCAUUAAAAUUCAAGAGUCUUCAAUCACCUGUAUAACACCUUCAUACACUGGUCAGAAUAUCCCAAUUGGAAUUCAACUUAGAAAUUGUCCAUUUGUUCAAUCAAUGGAUAAUAAUCAAAGAGUAUCAUAUGAAUCACCGGUUAUCCUCUCGGUUAUUCCAAGUGACCCAUUGUUAACAUUCCCAGGAGAUUCUAUCUUGAUCAAUGGAAAAUCAUAUGGAACAAUUGAAAACACCAAACUAUUCCUCUUUGACAAAGAAUAUCCAUUUGAAUUAAUCAGUUCCGAAGUAUUAAGAAUCACUAUUCCAGAUGAUAUGUUGAUUCCAACAAAACAAAUUCCAUUAAAAGUUAAAGUUGGAAAUUCGAUUGCCACUUCAUCAUUCAGUUUAUCAAGAGGUUACUUCAUCCCAACAACAUCACCAAUGAUUGUUCCAACAAAAGGAUGGUAUGUAAUUUUUGAUGGUGAUUCAUUUGGAAUAUCAUCGAGUGAACUUGACAAUAUCAAAUUGAGCAAUGGUGUCAAGCUUAUUGGAUGUCACCGUUAUCAAUUCUUUAUUGAAUGUUUGGUUCCACCUGGAAUUGGUGCAGAUUAUUCAGUUAGUGCAACAAUCAACUCAAUCAAUAUUGUUUCACCAUUGAAAUAUAUUUCCUAUGAAGUACCAACCAUUGGAAACUAUUUAAACUCUGGAAAUUCAUUUACAAUCUAUGGUAAAAACUUUGUUCCAAAAGGAGUUGCACCAGCAACAUCCAAUAUCUACUUUAGUAAUAAUCAAAUUGAUUGGAAGCCAUGUUUAAGUCCAGUUUUUACCGAUGAAAGUACAAUCAAUUGCAAUGAAAUGCCUGCACUUGGUACCAACCAAAUUUAUGCUUAUGUUGAUAUUGGAAAUCAAAAAUCAAACACAAUUAUGGCAAAAGUUACGUUUGUACAUGGUUAUGUUUAUUUGGACAAGAAUUUUAAUAAUGUUAGAGAUUCUAGUGAACAAGUAUUCACAAACUGCAAAGUUACCUUGUCUGUUAACUCUGUUGCCAAAUAUGUUGCAUCUUGUGAUUCCAAUGGAUACUAUUCAUUUGCAUCACUUGAUGCACCUGCAACUUAUGAAAUUACAACAACUAUCAACAGUGCAACCAAAUAUUUCGUUGUAGUUUCAUCACAUUUCUUUGAUAUUCUCAAAGAUCAAAUAAUCCAAAGAGAUAUCAGUGUUAUUGAAGACACAGGAUACAAUUGUUUCGCAACAUUAACAACAUUUCAAUCUUUAACAAUGGUAUUACCAUAUGGUGAGUAUGACCUUUUAUCAUAUGAAAUGUGUCAAUCACCACCCAGUACUUGUAAAUUCCAGGUUUCCUCAAUUACUACAAAUGGUAAUGAUUGUGCAGCUACUCUCACUGGAACCAAACUAUCUAUCUCAUAUUCAUCUAUUGUCUCAUUGAAUCUAAAAUUAGAUAACUUGGUCCCACCAAAUUAUAAUACUGCUGUAUACUAUGAUUCAUUAGCUUUUGCAGAGAUUAAAUUUACCUACCUUCAAAAGGAUUACUUAUUCAAACAAUACAAUAGGAAUGGUCAAAUUUUAUUUAAAUUACCAGUUGGAAUCACUGGUGUCAUCAAUAUCCAAACACCGAAUCAAAAUACAUGGCCAAUCAUCAACAAUUUUGAUGUUCUAUCACCAGCAACAAAGACUCUCCCAAUGUACUCUGGAAUAUUCCCAACAGUUAACUUUUAUGAAAAACCAAACAAAUUGGGUUCAUCACUCACUUUACCUGUGGGAUAUUACACUCAGGGAGAUCUCACUCAUAUUGGAUGGUCGAAAAUUGUUCAAUCAUUGGUUGUCCCAGAGAAAUGUGUUCUCAAUACCAAUCUUAUUUUUAAUCCAGGAUAUUCCUCAGUGAAUAUACAACUUACUAAAUUUGAUCUUUCUUAUCAAACAAUGUUUGAUAGAAUUAGUUUUGCAGGUGGAUACCAUAAUAUUCUUAAUAAAUAUCCAAAUCCAUCACUUAUUAAAUACUACAUCGGAAGUGAAAAUUUGAAAUGUACUCAAACCCAAUGUUACUUCAAAUCUGAUAUUGGUACCAAAACACUUACCAUCAAGUACAACGAUGCUCAAAUAUCAAAAACAUAUUCCAUUCAAUAUACAUCACCAUAUGGAGAUGAAGGACAAUAUCCAACACUAGAUUCACAGUCUGCAACUAAAAAUGUUUUGAAAUUGAAUGAAAAGCUCCAAAUACAAUCUGGAUCAUCUAUUACCUCACAAAUAUCAUUGACUUCAAGUGGUUUGACAAUUUCAUCGAUGGGAACCACUCUUUUCUCUGUGUCAUCAUCUCUUUACGUUUCAAGCAGUUGCAAUGGAGAGGACCGACUUUUUAUUCAACCCGAUGGUAAUCUCUGCAUUAACAAUGUUAUCUCUGAUAAAUCAUGUCCCAGAUGGUGUCUCUCUAGUCACCACUCUAGAGCUAGAUACCUCAAAUUAAUUCCAUAUGGUGUUGUUCUCCAAAAUGCCAAUGGACAAAUUGUUUGGUUCAAAUAUCAUUCUUCUUAUAUCAAUAAUCUUGCAGGAACUGAGUUUAAGAAAAACUUUGUCAAUCCAUUGGUUUAUGCACCAAUUGUCCUUGACAAUACAGGAUCAAAUAAUGUACUCUAUUCUUGGCAGUCGGAGUACCUUCCAAGUGUUCUCACCAAUGGUGUCCACUAUUUGAUAAUGGACAAAAACCAAUGUCAACUCAAGAUAUAUGACAACAUCCAGAUAACUGGUACUCCAAUAUACACAUCAGAUUAUAACAACAUACCUAAUGUUCCAACAACAAAUUGCAAGCUGGUUUUUGGUACUGAUGGUAAUCUUUGUGCACAAACACUUAGUGGACAAGUUUCAUGGUGUACAUAUUCGCAUAAGCUUGAUGGAAGAUACUUUGGAUUGGCACCUGCCUUUACAACAACUCAAAUUGGUUUCUAUGUCCUCAAUUCCAAAGGUAGAAUGGUGUACGGUAGAUUCACAUCACUACAAGAAAGAUCAAACCUGAAGAUGAUCCCAGGAAGUUUCAUUGUUGCAAACAAUCAAGAGUAUUAUCCAGAGACUGAAGAUAGAAUUAUCAAUGAAGGAGGUGUUUUGACAAAUGGAAAAUCAUAUAUCAGAUUGGAGAGUAACGGUCAACUUGCUGUAUAUGACUCGAAUCCAUACAAUGCAGUUAUACCACAACCAAUAGUACUCUGGAGAUCAGAUUUACCAGCUGUUGCACCGACAAGACCAUUCUAUGCUCAACUUGAAUCCACUGGUAUUGUUGUGGUUGGUGCCAACGUUCGUUACUUAGCAGGCAAACUAAAUGUUGCAAGUGCAACCGCAUUCCAAAUGAAUUGGAUGGGCUCCACUCGUUCUGAUGAUUGGGGAUUCUCUUUCAUCAAGGAUACAAAGAUUAUUGAUGGUUACUUGUCAAAACCUGGAGUAUGGGGAAACUACCAACAAAUCGAAAAUAAUCCUCUAAAGAAUUUUGCAAAUGCAUACUUCGGUUUCAAUUGGAAUGACCAAACUGGAAUUAUUGAAGCAAAAGACUAUAAAACAGGUGAAGUUCUAUGGUCAAAUCCAACCAACAACAUACCACAAAAACUAUGUGGAAGAUAUUAUGCAGAUUUUGGUAUUUACUUUACUCCAGCUAUGCCUCAUCUUUGUGUGUAUGUCUCGAUGGUUGAUAGUUCAUGUAAAUUUGGAUCGUAUUGGUGUCAAAAGUUCCCACUUACAACCUACUACAUUCAAGCACCAUCUGGUGUUCCUGAAUUCAUUGCUACCAACAUCGAUGGAAGAAUCACUUGGACUGCAAACUCUAUAAAAUAUUUACAACUCACUAAAUAA